AUGGACGACAAAUCAGGAGAAAUGGCUGCUGCUACCAGCAACAACGCUCCUGACAACUCAGAUGAUGAGAUAUCUGAACAAGAGAUCAGACGAUUCCAGGAUAUUUCCCACUUGUCAUAUCCCGAAGCGAAAAGCAUUCUCAUACGUCACCGCGCGAAUGCGUCGCGCAAAAGGAUCUCUGAUGCUCAUUGGGAGCGAGUGAAAGCCCAAAAGGAAGCUGAGGGGUUCGAUAGAGAAACAUACGAGUAUGCCAGUCAAGCUGGGUUGAUAUACCGUCAAGAUGAUCGUGAUUCUCGUGACACCGACACAGAAAGGCCGCUCUUGAUUCUCCCCAGGCCAUUCCAAAACUUGGCUGCGACUCUGCAGAUACUAGCUACUGGUGUCUCGGAUCGCGAGUGCACUUUCUUUUGUCUUACUGCUGCUGGUGCUGCAAAGGAGAAAUAG